AUGCCUGCCACAAUCAUCAUGACGGACGACUCAUAUUUGCCAAAAACGAUCUUAGUGGCUGACAGCAUGUACACCCGAGCUAUAACCACUGGAGUCUCCUACACGAUCAGCGGAAAUCUCAUCACCAGUCACCGUGGCUAUCCCCCAGUCCUCUAUCCCGACUACUAUGCUAAUGCACCAAGUGCUAUGCUCUACCCGUGUCACGGGGCUCUGUCCAAUGAUCUCCACAUUCGUGGUCAGGGCAGAGUCAUAGAAAGAGUCGGCCGACCAAGUGUCGGCAACAUUGUCGUGAAGGUAGCCCACCGCGAUUGGGACCCUGCGGUUUGUGCAUCACUCUUUUUCUCAUAUGCCAGAUAUCAAUAUUCGCAAACCGACGCAAAUGCUGCGGACAGCGACUCAUUGAUCGUUGGCAACGUACUACACUUCAAAGGCAACGUCCAAGGAUAUUACGAAAGCGACAACACUUGGUUACUGAAUUGUAAAAAAAACAACGCUGAUUAUCGCACAUUCAUUGACACGUUGAUGUUAAAGAGAUCAAUGGACCGUGAUUUAAGCAUUCGUGACACUCAUGUCAGUCAGAUGAAUCUCAGCUACGUCGACAUUCUGGCUGCGUUGAGGAUCCUCGUUGGUGUUGACAUUGAGCUGCGACUAAUAAAAAAGAAUACAAUCGACCGGUGCGCAUUGAGAUCGUCGGAAUCAUCAACGCGCAAGCCCAUUGAACAACGUUCGUUUUUGGCUUAUAAACUCAAGAGCAUUCAUAAUAAAUCUAGUCCGGAGUAUUCCAUUGUCAACUGUUGCAUCGUGUCGGCAACAUCUUUCGGUGCUACUUAUACAACAACAACCGGCCCACGAAAGUCAUUGAUUUUAGCAUCGGAGAGCAGUCUGAAAGUGAGCAUGGCUGGCGAGAGCGAAAAUCUUGAGGCGCGUCGUGUAUUUCCACUUCGAUUCCACACCGUCAUAACAUUAGGAGCGGCACUUGCAUCCCCACAAAAUAGUUGUGUCACGCACCAGCGUUGGUCAUCGUAUCUAUACAGCCGGAACGUUCGGAUUGCCAACAUUCCAAUUAUUGUAGCCUCAGCUGCGCCCUGCUCCACCCUCGCUUCAAAUUACGCAUACAGAAUUGAGGCCUCAGUCCUCGGUGAAAACUCUAACAACAUUGUCUCUCUCUUUCCGGAGACCGGAUCAACCAUUUGUCUGGGGCCACUUUCUCUUACUCGUUGCUCACUGGCGAAUCGAACCACCACCGCUGGGCAUGGCAGAGUGAUUGAGCGUGUGAUUGAACACCCAGAUGACCAUGACAGGGAGACAUGGGUAUUUACCGUGCUACACCGAAAUUGGGACCCGUCAAUGUUACGAUUUCAGGAAUUUACCACGGAAUACGUGGUGAACAUAUGGACGCUGCUCCGCCUUGGAACAGAAACCUUUGCGACCGGUAAUGUAGUUCACAUUGAGGGCAACAUCGUUGGAUUCAAUGAUACAACUUCAACAUUUUCUAUUCGCGUUACAAACGCUGCAGCAAUAGUGAUCUAA